AUGGUACGAAGAAGCAAGAAUACGUCAAACACAUCUCCUGUAAUUGUGGAGGUCGAUAGUGUACAAGGACAAAAUGGUGCCGAUCCUUGGACAGCCAUUGAGAAUGGCGAAGCUGUGACAGCAAGAGAGGUAUUCUACAAGAAACCAGUUCCCGAAGAACCACGAGUAAAACACUAUGAGAAG